CGCCGACUCGAUCGAAACUACUUCUUCUUCUUUCUAAAGGAUUGUUUCCAGUUACGUUUCUGCUUGCACCGAGUCUUCUAGCUAUCAACGAGAGAGUGUCUGCACGUACGGUACGAAAGCCGAAGAAUGGCGGACGAAGACUUGUUUGCCAGUUUGGGCGGUUCGUUGAUGCGUGAUUUGCUGGCGGAUUUGCAAGUCGACGAAGGCGGCGACGAUGCGGGUUGGUUGAGUCUCGAGCAGUUGGAACAAGAACUCGCCAAUUUGGAUGACACUCCUUCUUUCUUACCGAUGGUACCCGAAACGGGCCCCGUCACUACAACCGCCGCGGGUUUGGUCGUCACGCAACAACAGAAAACCCUCGCGACAACCGCGGCCUGGGGAUCGUCAUCGUUGCCUUCCACGCAAUCCUCCUCACCCACGACGAAUCCUGCGCAGGACGCGUGGAGCUUGUCUCUAGAAAAGUUCACGGCUUCCGCGUUGGAAGCCGACUUUUUACAGGCCGACUCGGCACGCAAACAACAGCGACAGAAGGAACAACCCCCAUCGGCAGCGGGGCCGCCCCCCGGCUUGGAUUUCAGUCAAGCCGAAGAGUACAACGUUACCGAAACCGCCAGUAUUGUGCGUCCUCCGGGACUAGCAUCGGACAACAACCAGCGCAUGCUGCAGGAAGCUGCUACCCGUCUAACGGAAGCGUCGACCGCACGGCCACCGAUUCCGGCGCGGGCCCCGCCCUCCACGCCGCACAACAGUAUCAGUUUUGCCCGAAUGGAACGGCCCGGACCCGUCACGCCGCAGAACUCCAUUUCCAUUACACCCACACCGCCGCCGUCCGCCAUGCCGACGCCGAUUGUGACCAAGAACUUGCAACGGUCGGAACAAGCGGGACCCGUGUCGCCCAUGAUGCCUCCGGGAACGUCUCAUCAGCAAGUCCCGCUCAUGGCAAGUCCAACGCCGCCUUUUGGACCUCCCGUGCAGGUCCCGAUUGCCGUUCCCUUGCCGCAGUCGGGUCCAGCCUGGCAAACUCCGCCGCCGCCGCCAACCCUGGUCCGUCCCGGGAUGCAUCCGACGGCGACCGCCCCCGUGCUGUACUGUAAUCCGCACCCCCAGGCACCACCCAUUCCCGCCGCUCAACUCUCGAGCAAGUACAUGAGCGCGAGAGAUAUCUCGUACGUCGUACACGGUAUUUUACGCCCCGUUCUCGCCGCCGGUGUCGCGGAAUCGGACUACGACAUACAGUACCUCUUGCGCCGCGGAGGUGCCGGUACCAACGUCCAAACGCCUUCCAAAGCCGACCCCGUGGACGGCAAAUCCCAAGACCGUCAGGAAAAAACCAGCGAAUGGUCCAAGAAGCAGCACGUUCUGGGGCACGUGGCCAAGACCAAUGUAGCGCGUCCGCGUGCAUUGAUCGCGCAACCCGUCAAGACCGACGAGGAGGAAGCCGGUAAGGAAAAUAUGGAACACAAGGCUCGCGCGGCGCUGUGGAAGGCCCGUAUUUAUUGCGAUCAGGCACACCUGGCCUUUAUGCAAGUAGUGGAAAUUUGGAAAGCCGCCACUCCCGGUGGUGUACCACCAUCGUUGCAGCCGCAUUUGAUCAAGCUCAUGAAGUGUCUCGGUAUUACGCACAACGAAGCCUACGAAGCGGACCCCAAGUCCUUGCAGCUUUUGCUCAAACUGACCAAGGGACGGGUGUUGCUCUCGCGAGUGCUGGAGCAAGCCUUGCUACCCAGCAAGGCCGUGUUUGCAUUGUUGCCCGUCACUUUGACAAUCUUGUACGAAAGCAAACCGGACGAGACGGACGAUCGUCUCUUUGCCGCGUUGGCACGGGUCGUACAAACCGUCCCCGCCCUGCCUUUGUCGGGCAGUAUUCUGCCCAGUAUUAAAGCGGCACAAACGCACAACCCCGCCGCCCUGUCGACGACCUGCCGAAUCCAAGCCGUACACGCACUUUUGCAACGUGGUAAUCAAGCCGCCAGUGAAGAUCCGUCGCGGCAAGACGAAUGGAAGCAAGCCGAAAAUGAUUUUAUGGAAAGCAUGUCGGGAUUGUAG